AUGAAAUACGCAAUUCGGCACAAAACGACAUAUUCUGCGUUAAGUGAUCUGUUAGGUUUAGUCGCGCUUCACCUACCAAAUAACAGCAAAAAAGACCACCUGAAGUCAUUGUAUUUUUUGAAAAAAGCAUUUUCUUCAAAACUGCACAAAGAUGAGAUGGUUACGGUAAAUGAAUAUUGUCCAGAUUGUUCAAGUCCGUUUGAUGAUGACACGAAAAACGCCUGCGAGUGUUGCGGGAGAGCCAAAAGCAAACAGGACAAAAAUUACUUUUUAACGUUGGAUAUUGGAGAACAAAUACAGAACAUGUUUGCAGGUAAGCUUUUAUUGUGAACUCUAGAUGUAAUUUAUUUCUGUUUCAUGCUAUUAAUUGUGCCACGGGAUUGUGCAUAAGCACAAUAUAACUUUUCACUGAUUGGCAGUGGACCUAUUCUUUGCACUGGACUGACUAAGUGAGGGCAGGAAUUUAAUUAAUCUAGGGGACUGAGGCAGGUUUUAUUUUAAGUUUUUAUAUAAAAUGGCGAUUAGAACAUUGAUAUUUUAUCAAAUAUUUUAUAAACUUUCACAAGCAUUUUAAAACUGAAUACGAAAAACAGAAAAAUCAUAUAAAGAAAGGAUACAAAGUCAAAAAAAAGUUCCUUGGAGGAGUAUCCUUUAAUCAUAGACAUAGACCUUUUAGUUUUAUAUAUAUACAUAUAUAUAUAGAAAUAGUUCAAAACAUACCGAUAACCGAUUGUGAAAUCAAAUUAAAUAAUUUUUUUAGUUUAAUUAACAUAGCUUAAGAUUGAUAGAAAUGGAUUCAAGUACCAUUUUAUGUGCUGAUCAGUUCAUAUUUAAGGCAGAUAAUAUAAUUAAUUUAUAAUUAAGUCAGCCUCAGGCCCUGCACAUGCCUGAAACCUGGCAAAUUGCUUUAAAAUAAUAUAAUUUUUCUCAACACAUUCAGUCAUGAGGGAAUGAGGAUUUAAAGUUUUUAAAAUAAAUUAAUUAACUUAGAAUUUAAACAUACACAGGUCUAAUUUAUAAUUAUAAUAUCAAUUAAGUUGUGGGUUUCGGUGAACAACUGAACAUGGUUUAUGUAUUAUUGUAUGUAUUAACUCAUUAACUGGCAAGCUGUUACAAUGUUACCACCCCCUAAAGUGGCAAGCAAUAUGGCGAAUUCAUGAUUGAAUUCCAAGCUUUCACCAAAAUGCCAAUAUCUCAGAAACAAUUGCAUAAAAAAGUCUGAUCUUUUCAACCAAACAUGAAUGAUAUAUGAUUGACGAAAUUUAGUUUAGAUGACCUUGCAUACCUAUAUAUAUCAUUAGUUUUUUCAGUCAGUACUUUUAUUUAUAAAGCAGUGACACUUUGUUUUCCAUGUCACUCAUCACCUAAAGGGGCAAUAUCUCCAUAAAUUUAUAUAAAAACCAAAAAAAAAUCAUUUACUAAAUUAAUACAUAUCUAUAUUACAACCAAUUUUCAUCUUUUGGGAUAUGAAUUAUGAAAUUAUCAAAAAAUUUAAAAAUUACUUCUUUGCUUUUUUGGGGCAUCUUGUUUACAACAUGAAAUUUAUAACAGUAACUAAGUGUUCAAGUUCAACAAAGUGUGCAAGCCAAAACACAGUGUUUGUACAUCUUUAAAGUUUUUUGAUUGCUUCGAAUAUAUUUAAAAAGACACAGUGCUUAAAAUUAUUUAUUUUAAUAUAAACCAAGGAUGGGAAGGUGAGAAAAUGGGAAUUUUCUGAGGUGUUUUUAACACAGACAAUGACAGCCGACAUUUUGAAAGGCACUCUGCGGUGACAAAACUAAAAGCUAUUCACUUCUGUCCUCAAAGCACUGAAAAGCAUCAUAAAGAGAAAAACACUUUAAACACAUGCCAGGUAAGACUUUUAGCUCAAUAUUUUCAUGCUUCUAUUGGGAAAACAACGGUUUAAAAGCCAAAAUUAUUUUGCGCGCCAAUGUAGGCUGCUAUAAAAUGUCAGACAGGCGGUUUCUUUUGAAGUCUGGCUCUGAAAAACAAUCUCCUUUUUUGAGUUUGAAAUAAGCCUUCAUAAGGACUAUUGUGUAGAAAUGUUAUCUAUAUCCUCACAUGAAAAAGGUAACCUAAUUUUCAGGUAUUCCACAUAGCUAUAAAAGGGUGAAAUAAGAAAUUUCACUUUGGUUGUUUGUCAGACGUGAGAAACCACAUUAGUGCCAUUUUGUCGCGCGUGCUAUUUUAUAAAAUAAACACCUCAAAACCAUAAACCUUUAGUUCAGAAAAUUACAAAGUUUCCCAUAGACAUUAUUAAAAAUGUUCUAGUGAAGCGAUUUCAUGAUAAAUAAGUGAGCAAUGGGCCCAAAAGAACUGCUAAGGUUAGUUUUUGUUAGGACUUCAAUUUCAUGGCUUCCCACAAAGGAAGCCAUUUCAGAGGGAAGCAACAUUUUGCAAACCACCGUCGCGACCUAUUUUGAUAACUUUUCCUUCUGAUUCAACGUGUAGUUACUAGAAAAUGAUGUUGCAUCAACAUUAUUAUCUGCUUUAUCGAUUUAAAGUUUUAUAGGGGAUAUAAAAAACAGUAAAAAUGCAUUUUGAAAGCUUUACAACUCAAGUGCGGACUUUUUGAAUAUUCGCACGCGGCAAGCAAGCGCGUUUAUUCAAUACAUUUAUUUUAAACCACAAUACGUCUGAAACGAGUUGUCAUUUUAACACUAAAUUGAUGAAAAUCGAUAUAACAGUGAUUUUGGAAUAUCCUACUUAUUUAGUGUAAUUUAAUACUCGAAGUAUUCUUGCCAAAAAGGUCAAAAAGAUCACAUACGCACACAGUAAGUGUCGUUUGAAAUAUACUUUAGCUAAAAUAACAACUUGAACAAGAAUACCAACAAUGGGGUCACGAAAACAGUCGAAAUUGCGCCCAAAUUUGCAUAAACAGUUCGUCUAAAAAGAUAACUUUAAACUAGAUUCAACCAACAUUAAUGCGGUCGAAUUUUGUGAGUGUUUGAUCGCAUAUUUCUACUCAAAAAUACCCUUUAAAAAGUCGUAUCUGCUCACUUGAGUUCCGUGUUCAUCUUUCUUGUGAUUUCCGACUUCUAUUUUUAAUAAAUUUUGGAGAAAUCCUCAUCUUUUUGGCUGAAAAUCCCGCGCAAGGUUCACAGAAGAACUUGGCCCAAAACGUCAAUACAUUCGCUUUCCUUUCAUGCCAAAUUUUCGUUGUAAAUCAUUCAAAAACGUCUUCUUUUUUCUCUUUUAAAACUUGCUGUGAAAUCCUUCUUUGCAACAAUAACGCCAUUAUUCAUUAUUUUUGAAAAACUAAGGUUUUAAACUUGAAAAACUUUGCGAGUUUUUGGCCGAUUUUCUUGCAUGAUACACCGUUGAAAAGCUCGAAUUUCGCGUUCUAUUUUCGUAUCCGUUGCUAGGCAACCCGAUAAACACAUGCUCAAAUAUCAUGCCCGCAAGUUGAGGUGUCAUUUGAGGGCGUAUGCGGGCGCAUUGCCAGUUACCCACUUGCCAAUCUCAGGGCGCAUCCGGGCGCAUUGCCAGUUAAUGAGUUAAAGUAUUUUAGUAUAAUUACAUAGGUGAUUAUUGAAAAUUCUCCACGCUGAUUGGUUACCGUUGAGGUGAUUAUUACGCGAUAAUCACCUAAGCGAUUUUAAAAAUGGCGGCCGAAGCCAUUUUGUCAAUUAAAAGACGAAGAAAUGUGCAUUUUUUUAUUCCAAAUAAUCGCCUAUGAAAUUAUACUAAAACAAUUAUUCACCUCAGGCUCGGUGAUUAUCGUGAAUAAAAACCUCGACUUCGUCUCGGUUUUUAUUCACCGACAAUCACCUCGCCUUCGGUGAAUAAUUGUUAAAUAUUCUUUUUACUGUUCUGAAAAUGCACACAAGGCCAUCACAUUUAAUAUCCACACGCCCCUGUGGACUAAUUCACUCACAGAUUUUAGACUUCUUCAGAAACAGUGAUACCAAAGCCUUUAGGAAAUUCUCUAUAACACCUUCAGAAAUUCUUCUUAUCCCUCCUGGAAUCUUGCCAUUUUCCCCCUUGAUUCCUUUCGAAACUACAUGAACCAUUAUUCGGUCAUUCCUGCAAAGAUCCACACUCCCCCCACAGAGAAAAUUUCUGCCGUCUGGAGAGGGAGGGGAGACAAAAUUGUUUCUGAUAAUAGUAAAUGUAUUAGGAUAUCCAAAGGGGGUAGGGGGGUUAACUUCCAAUAUCCUCCUGUGGGGGUGGUAUGGAUGUUUUCUGGAAUGAACCAUUGACCCCCUACAGUAUUACGUCUAAAGAAAUUUUCAGUAAUUUUGUUACAACCACCUCGGAUAUUGCGAUUUUCAAGACCCCUUUGAGAAACGUGGAUUUUUUUACUCCCUUGGAAAAUUUUGUCCACAUGCAGAGGAGUGUAAUAAUUAGCUAUUAAAUGGAAUGGCCCACAUAAUAAUAUACUUUUGGCCCUACUGUGAGUACAUAUAAAGUAAUUUCUUCUAAAUUAUUAACCAUAAUUAAUAAUAUAUUAUGAUACUGUAUUAUAAUUAUUAAUUUAAAACCUGUAAACCUUCUUUCUUAAUAGAGAGUGACUUUGUCAAGGAAAUUGAAUAUGGUUUUGAAGAAAGAGAACGUGUUCAGCAGCAGUUGAAUUCAGAUCCAGCAACAGAGAGAGAAUGGCAUGAUAUUAUGGAUGGUGACCUCUACAGAAACCUGCUUAAACCAUUUGGAUUCCUUGACAAGAGACACAACCUUUCGAUUAUGUUUAAUACUGAUGGAGUUCAUGUCUUCAAGGCUUCGCGUGAUGAAAUAUGGCCAUCAUUGGUAGUAAUCAAUGAACUUCAUCCAUCUGUUAGGUAAUUUACCCAUUACUGUACUUAUACAAACUGUCAAGCACAAGUAUUUAUUUUACAAAUAAUCCAUCCUAGUACUUAUAGCGACUUAAUCAGUUACGGUAUACUUUCUAGCAUAUGAAGGGUCUAAUUGCUCAACACAUUGAAGUUUCAUGUUUAUUUUUAGUUUUGUAUGUCCUACAGGCAAUAUUGUACAAUGUCAGUUGUUACAUUUCUUGGCCCAAGGAAAUACUAAUUGACCUGCAGGAUUUAAUUUAACCUUACGAUAAAGGUGAAAAUGGGUGGAGUCCGAGAAGUGCUGGCGAAAAAAGGCCUGAGGAAAAACUAGUCUAAACAAUGUGCUGCUCACUUAGCUAAUUGUUAUUUUUAAACUUAACAUUUGUAGGCUAUCAAUAACUAUAUGAUAAACACUAGGAAUUGACAAAUUGACCUUGUUAAUUUUGUCACUUUGGCCAAUAUAUUCAGCAACCAAUCAAAAGAAUUGCCACUAAAAUAUGAUAGCCAAUCAUAGCAGUCCGGCCGAAAUCUGGAUGGUCACCACAAAAUGCCACAUUGUUUAGACUAGUUUUUCCUCGAUCAGGCCUUUAUUUUCUCACCUUUUUUCCGCAUGUCUCUCCUCUGCCCAAUUUUCACCUUUUAGUGUUAUUAAGGUUGAAAACAAUAAAGGCUUCAGACAUUAAGGUUUAAAUUAAGUUCUAAUCUAAUUUGCCAAUCACAUUUAAUCCAUUCCAUGCUAAUAAGUUAUAAUUGAAACCUUGAAAUUUAGAUGCUCAUUGCAAACAUUUGAACUAGCUUUCUCAAUAAAUUAACAUUAAAUUUAUCUGUAAUUUACCCUUAUAAAUGUAAACAAUAGUUUAAUCUCCUCUGGCCAAGAAAUUUGUUUAACCCAUUGAGUUGUUAGGCACAUGCAUUAAUUCUCCCGCUGACAAAUAAAAUCAUCUGGCUUUAGACAGCGCUAGAGUAAAAUAAUCUGGUGUUAGACAGUCAGUAUAAAGUAGGGUGCACCAGUUGUCACAUGUUUCCACUUAGAGUGUUAAUUUAAAGAACACUGAUAACUGACAAAAUGUAUUAGUUCAGUAAUUCAAAUGUAAUAAUAUAAUGUAUUUUUAUGCAAUUCACAGGCUUAGCACCAAGAGGAUGGUACUUGCAGGUAUUUGGUUUGGACCAAAAAAAACCUCAAUGCCAACUUUUCUACAAUCCGGGCCAAAACUCAUAUGGACACUUAAUCCACUUUUGCAAAAAUCGUAACAAACACCUAAAACUUGAAUUUACUUGCACAUCCCCCACUCCCCCUCUUCAAUGUUGCAUAUCCGACUUAGCCACACUUCGUAUUUGAUGAAAAAUCCCAUUCAACAUUGGCUUGGGGGAGCGGGGGGAUAAUUAUUUAGAAAAACACCAUUUGAGGCCAAAUUCUGUGGGUUGUCCACAACGUUUUGUCCAGGAUUGUCUGAAAAAUGAUGGGCAUGGAGAAGCGCUGUUUUAUCACUUGUUAUUUAACAUUUGACAUGUCUGAUGAGACUAUAACGCAUACCUAUGUAUUCUACGUUUUUGUUAUACAGUUUGAUCGCUAAUGACGUCACUAUUAGCAAUUACGUCACUUCCGGAUGUUGUAAAUAUAAGCUAAUUUGUGGGAAGCGUGCGUAAAACCAACUAUACUGAAUAGGUGCGAGCAUAACUUUUUCUCAAUCUUAUACAUGAAAGGUACACCGACUUUACUGUUCAGAUACAUAGCCAAGGAGCGCAUUUAGGCUUUAACAGGAGAGAAAUUGACAGUACAGAAAAUUUUCAGUGUCAUAUUUACGGAGAUUCAGUACGAUUCCAGAACGUCUCAAGACUCAAGCUAUGUAGCAAUUACCUUAUUCCAUGGAAUAAAUUAUUGUAUUUUUGCAUAUUUACUGAUUUUAACGACCCUUGUAGUUUUGAACAGCCUAUAUUUUUAUACACAGCCCUAAUAUAUUACUCGCCAAUGACAAGAACCAUGCAAUAUGAAACUGGAAAAGCUUCAGUACUCAAAAUGAAAUAUAUCAUGUUAACCUUUUUCGCCAUUUGAAAGGCAAUAUAAUUUGACAUUGAGGAUUCUUAAUAUUUCCAAAGAUAAGUGUCUAUCAUAAACUUGUAUGCGAACUCGAUCCAACUACAGCCAUUAAAUACAUAGAAUACUUGUAAAUAUUAUAUUACAAUUGGCGUUUGUCAAAUAAUGAAAUAUUGCCUUACACUUUUCAAUACUGUGCGCCGACUAGCACGCCAGCACGGUCUACAGUAACUUCGGACUUGAAUUAUACACAAUUGCUGCAUUGAAAUGUAACGAUUUCUUCUUAGGGAACUACCUAUACAUAUUAUACUUGUUUUUAAAAUGUUUUCGUAAUUUACACAGUAGAGAAAUAAAAAGUUACCACGGUCUACAUAUUAAAAGUAGCUCUUUGAAUAUAAUAGAUCAUAGCUCAUCAGUAUUCAUGAAAAUACGAUUUUUGUGUGUAGACCGUGGCGAUUUUUAAGGCAUAGCUGAUUUUAUAUGUUUUGCUGCAUACUGGUGCAAAACGUAAUUGGACAAGCCUUUUAAUCUAUAUUUUUAAUCGAUUGCGCGCUUAUAUACUUCUAAAAUCACUGCAGAAAAAAGUGUAGACCGUGUUUCUAGCUUUGAAUAUUAUGUUACACAUUACGUCACUCGAUCGGAAAGUAUAACAUAUCAACUUAACAAUUAUAGCAAAGCCCUGUAACUUAAUAUAUAAUUCAGAUGUUUAGUUCCUGCCUUAAAUCAUGUAUAGUUUUCUGUCAAGCAUUGUAUUCAGCAAGUUUUAGAUGCACCUUGAAAUUGCACUGUCAGAAGGAAGCUGUAAUAUAUGGUUAAAACAGACAAACGUACUAGCAUAUAUCGUAAGCAGCAAGACUUGCAGUUAACGAAUUAUAAUACUUUAUGAAAAAUGCCAUUUAGUUGUAUAAAUUUGAUUCUCAAGCACUUCAAGAAUGCAUAAACAAACUUGGAACUAUAUAUAUUCCUGUCCUUCUCGUCACAUAAUUAUUCCUAAAAAUUAGGCUCGUUGGCGCGUUUUUUCGUUAGGAAAUCUGUUCCUUACCGGACAAUUUUUUUUCAAAAGAUGAUCAGAAAUGGAUUAUUUAGAUGCAAACAAGCGCAAUUUUACUUACAAAGCAUAUUUUUUCCCGUUUUGUGUCAUAUUAGAUACAAGAACCGUCUAUUAUUUUCAAUAGUGAUUUUCAGACAAUCCGGGCCAAAACUCAUGUGGACACUUAAUCCACUUUUGCAAAAAUCAUAACAAACACCUAAAACUUGAAUUUACUUGCACAUCCCCCACUCCCCCUUUUCAAUGUUGCACAUCCGACUUAACCACACUUCGUAUUUAAAGAAAAAUCCCAUUCAACAUUGGCUUGGGGGAGCGGGGGAUAAUUAUUUAGAAAAAACACCAUUCGAGGCCAAAUUCUGUGGGUUGUCCACAACGUUUUGUCCUGGAUUGUAGCAAUAUUGUUCAAUUUCUUGAAAAGCCUUUACCAUGUCUGACUGCUGAGUCUGGAUGAGUAGUCCAAGUCGAGCAGGUACAGUAGAACAACGCCAGGAAGUAAAGAUGGCUUUUACAGUUUUGCUAGCUAUUCUCGAAUGUUGCCAAUAGCUCCAUGUCAUGAUCAGCCCUGAUACAGUAUGUCAGUGGGCCUCAUUUGUAGCCAGGUAGUCAAGUCUGUGUCUCCUUCCUUUUGAGGGGAAAAAAACACAAAAAUAGUUUUGGUAACAACUACACAACCCUCAUCAAUUAACAGCUUAUGUUUUCACUAACAAGCUAUCCUCUGGAAUUAUAGACAGAGCGAAAUACUAUGAUGGAUGGAACAAGAGACACUGGCAGAUUGUUAGCCCAUAUUAACUUUAUCUCAACUUUAGGAAGGCUCAAAACUAAGAAAAUGUAUAUGUACACUAAAUUGGCCUUACUAAAUGAAUUUCAAAAAAAUGAAACUAUAACCUCACCUCAACAAAGUUUAUGAUGUCCAGUUUGCUCUUAGCAGGUUGACUUUUUGAUUUGAAGAGUGAAUUAAAUGUUCUUCAUUAGGUGAAGUACUUUCUAUAGAAUUACAUACAUAAAAAUAUUAACUAAGUUACAUUUUUAAUAAACGCAUUGUGAUAUUUUGAUAGCUAAAAAAUGCAAUUUUCAUUUUUCAUAUCAUUUAUUAGUUACCGGUACAGUAUAAACCAAAAUGCAAUUUUCAUUCGUUAUUUUCUAUUAACGACACCUAAUGUUGGUGCUAAUGAAUCCAAUGUUGGUACAGGUACUCUAAUUAUGCAAAAAAACAAAAUGGUAUGAUUUAAUUACCAGAUCACUGUUUAUGUGGUGGCUUCAUAACUCCUUUUGAAAUGCCAUAGUAAAUAAGUGGGUCCAAUUGGUCAAUCAGCUGCUGCUUUUCACAAGUUCUCAUGUAUGCGCUUUCUUCUGCUUCUUCGGGUUGAUUGAGGCUCCUCCGAACUUCUUCAACAACCGAUUUGAUCAUGAUGAGUAAUAAUGUAAAUUUUUUGAAAAUAACCGCAUACCUUAUUCCAGAGUUUUUAUAACCAUGAUACUGUAGCUCAUAUACUUUGCUCAGUAGUCAGUGGUACAGUAUAAAUUUACUUUUUUGACCACUUGUCCUUAGCGCAAGUUCAACUUGCCAAGUUGGAUAUGAAAAUUAGUUGCCCUGAAUAAAAUUCACUUGCCAUCAGACAAUGGCCAUUGGGGUACCUAGGUAGGGGGUAUAAAUUAAGGGGACAACAUGUCGGCCCAUUCUUCCACUGAUGGCUGUGUUAUACUGCCUCAGAUCUAGCUUUGGCCCACAAAAAAACAAAAUUUGAAUCCAUGCGCAAGUACAACAUGCAAUGUAUAAAAAAAUUAUCCGGCAAUGAAAACAUAAAUUUAAAGAUGCCCAGCUUUUUGUGGCAAUGAUUUUCAUUUGCCCCGGGCAAGUGUUAAGUUACAAGUUACAACUCUGUUACUUAUUGAAAACAUAAUUAUAUAACUUGGCAUCCUUAACCAAUUAACCACCAUCGCUCUCUCACUCACAAAUAAAAUUGUCUGGCAUUGGACAGGAAUACAAUAAAGGGUGCGAUGCAACUUCAUGGGAAAUCUUGACUGUUGGACCAUGAAUUCUGGGACUCAAAUUGACCACUUCACGCAACAUAAACACAUGGCCGGUCGACGUAGUUAUCGUGGCUCUUUAACUGUCAUGUAUUUGCUGCCCAGUUUACUGUUUAUGACUGCUCUACUUCUUCAAUUGGAAAACAAGACAACUACUGAUGUUAAUCCUGGUUGCUGUAUGUACUUUAAUGUAUGGAAUACUAAGCGGAGCCCUAAAUUUUUACAUCAGUUAACGCUGUCGAAUAUCAGCUACCGACGUGUUGGGAUAAGAUACAGCAGCAAGUAUUUCAAACGUCGUGUGCCUUACAGUGUGGGGAACCUAGCCUCCUAUAAUACAUCAGUCGUAACUUUGAAGUUUUUUAUUGCUUGGGACGUGAAUCUUAAUCCCGGUCCUUCGACGGCGACAUCAGACGGUCAUAGUAAGUCGUUUUCUAGUGCACUGGUCAACGCUCGUAGUUUAAAAAGUAUUCAUAAACUUUGUCCCACUUCGAGUGAAGUAAUAUCGAAUCUUAAUGCCUUUCAAAAUUUUGUAUAUCGCGAGGAACUAGACAUUAUAUGUGUGACAGAAACAUGGCUAAACGACACGGUGUCAGACUCUGAGUUGCUUCCUUAUAAUUAUAGUAUAUUCAGGAAAGACAGAAACGAUCAUAGACAUGGCGGUGGAGUCCUUAUUGGACUGAAAUCGACGAGCUUUAAGGAUAUUUCUGUCCUUCCAGGCGAAUUUGACAACAUAGAAUUGAUAUCAUUGCUUUGUACAACUCACUUAGAUCAGAAAUUUGUGCUAUGCUGUUGUUAUAUAGACCGCCUAAUUCCGACAUAACGUGGUUUGGUAGUUUUGAGAACGCUUUGAAUUUGGUCGGUUCACUGGGACAUAGAGUUGUUAUCGUAGGAGCUUAUAAUUUACCGCAAGUUUAUAAUUACGACUCCGCUGAGACUUUAACUCCAAACAAUCAGCGCUUCAGUGAUUUAAUGAAUGAUAAUUUUUUAUAUCAGAUUAACAAUUACCCUACGCGAAAUAACAACAUAUUGGACCUUUUAAUUACUAACACUCCAGAAUUGUUGUACAUCACUGACGUACUCUCUCCAAAUCAAAUGGGUAUAUACACCGACCACAAUGGCGUGUUGUUCAACGUUCUAAUGGUUCUGAAAGCGCCCCCAAAAUCAUUUAGGUAUGUUUACGAUUUUCCAAAAGGAGAUAUGCCUGGUUUAAAAGCCAGCCUCGCCAACGCUUGUCUUUCGUCAUGUAUCUUAGACGACAACAAACACAUUGAUAAUGAUUGGGUCUUUUGGAAAGAAUCAUUUUUCUCGCGUGUCAAUCAGUUUGUGCCAAAGCGUAAAUUGAAAGACAGAAACUCUCCCCCUUGGAUCAAUGCCAACAUUAGACAUUUGCUUAACAAAAAAGACACUAUACGUAGGAAAUUAAAGAUCAAUUCAAGCCCCCUCUUUGAUCCAAUCUUAUCGUGAUCUCAGAGCUCAAAUAAAGCAACUUAUUCAGGAAAGUCGAUCUGCGUAUUUUGAUAAAGUUGGCUCUGAAGUCUACACUAACCCUAGAAAAUUUUGGUCACUAAUCAAAACGUUCACAAAAUCGUCUAAUCUUACCGUUCCAACAACUGUCUCUCUCCAUGCAAACGACCCUGAUAAGCCCACUGUAACUGCAGAUAAACCACAAGUUAUUGCUGACUUGUUUAACGCUCACUUUCAGUCAGUUCAAAAACUUCCGUCUGUAGACAACUGUUCUGAAGACAUUUGCGAUGACAUUACCACAUCGGAUUUGCCAUCCUUCGAAGUCUCUAAUGCCGAAGUAAAGCAUUAUUUGAAUACCAUAGACGUAAAUAAAGCCAUGGGUCCCGAUGGUAUCUCUGGUUGGCUUCUGAAGGAAUGUGCUGACGAAAUAUGCGACUCCCUAACAAAACUGUUUAAUAAAUCACUACGUACUGGAGUGGUCCCCACAGAAUGGAAGAUUGCAAAUAUCAUACCUUUGUAUAAGAAUGGUGUGAAAAGUCACAUCGAAAACUAUAGACCAAUUUCAUUGUUAUCACUUGUUUCAAAAACGUUGGAGCGUUGUCUACUUAAACAGCUGUUAUCGCGGAUAACGCACUUAAUACAUCAUAACCAACACGGUUUUUUACCCGGGAAGUCGUGCACAACGCACCUAUUGGCAACUUUUAACGACAUCGGCUCGAGACUUGACAUGGGCGAGGAGAUAGAUAUUUUAUAUACAGACAUGUCCAAAGCAUUCGACAGAAUCAACCACAAAUUGCUGCUAGCAAAAUUAAAGCAUGCUGGUCUUCCCUACUCCUUUCUGAGGUGGACGUCAUCCUACAUAUCAAACAGGCGGCAACAAGUAACAGUUUUAGGAGCAACCUCGCAGUCACUUUCCGUGGUCUCGGGUGUCCCUCAAGGUUCCAUCCUCGGUCCGAUUCUUUUCUUGAUUUACUCCAAUGACAUUCUCUCAACUUGCGAAAAGGGGGCAAUGUACGCCGAUGACCUCAAGUGUUACAAACCCAUUGCUUCUUUACAUGAUGCGAAUUCUUUCCAAUCUGAAAUUAACUCGGUAUGCUGUGCAACUCAAAAUUGUCUACUGGAUUUUAAUGAAUCUAAGUGCUCGGUUCUGCGUAUCUCCCGUAAAGUGAAUAGAAUCGAGCACUCUUACCAAAUUAAUGAUUCGGUAUUACCUACGGUCAACAAAAUCAAAGAUCUUGGAGUACACAUUACAUCAAAUCUGGAUUGGACGGAACAUGCGUACAACGUCAGCAAAAAAGGGAACAAAAUGUUGGGAUUACUUAAGCGUUGUACCGUAGCAUUUCAAUGUCGUGAAACAAGACGUUUGCUCUAUCUUACACUUGUAAGAUCUCACUUCUCCUAUGCAAGCCAACUCUGGGCUCCACAAAAGGUCAACCCCAUUCAAGAGAUGGAGAAAGUGCAGAGACGGGCGACUAAGUUUAUUUUAAAUCUUAAUCAUCUUUCAGAAAUGCCUUACCGAGAAAGACUAUUGUCUUUGGAUAUUUUACCUGUAUCCUACUGGCUAGAACUGCAGGAUCUGCUUUUCUUAUUUAAAGUCAUUAAUGGUUUGGUAAUCUUACCUAUAGGCGUCUGUCCUGCAUUUUACGUUGCAGCAAGAUGUACACGCAGCAGUACAGGGAAACGAAGACAGUUAGUUGUAAGGAAAUGUAGAACUACCACUUUCCAAAAUAGUUACUUUGUUAGAGUAGCCAAAUUGUGGAAUAUUCUACCACUCGAACUAACAUUAGAAGAAGAGACAUUCCAAGGUUUUAAAA